AUGCUUACCACCGGCGGGGGGGUGCAAGUGCGAAGGAUUGCCUUUGUCCCCGCCGUGCGCAAGGAUGCGCACACCAUCAGUGCUGCAGAUGUUCCCAAUUUGAUACAUCUGAACCCCGGCACAGAGUUUCACCUCAACGGCUACGCCGACUCCUCCAUGCGACCUUUCAAGGGACUGGAGGCCAGGAAGCCGGCCGCUGGCCCUGCGGAGCUGGCGACGAGGUGGACCACCGUGCUCAAAGCGGGGGCGGGCCUGCAGAACCUGGGCAACACCUGCUUCAUGAACAGCGUGCUGCAGUGCCUGAUCCACACCCCCCCCCUGGCGGAGCUGCUCCUCUCGCCGGCCUGCCCCCGCCCGCUGCCGGGCCGGGCCGGGCCGGACCUGCUGGCCGCCACGCGCGAGCUGAUGCAGAGGUCGCUGCAGCACCGCAGCGGCGUGCUGGCCCCGGCCGCGCACGCCAAGUCGCUGCGGCGGGUGAACGGCAGGUCGGUGGGGCAUGAUCCUGACGGGCAUGGGUGCCCAGGGGCGUGGGUCCGGGAGCAUGCGCCACCCGGGGCCUCACUGGCACAAACGAGUGGCGGCAACGCGGGCGCGCGUGGUGGGUGA